GGCCUUCGUUACAAAGAGCUCUUUGAGACUGUGAGACGGACAUCUCAACCCGCCAGAAUGACAUUCCUCUCGAGAGUCAUCACCGCAUUUGGCGGUCUUCUGCUUACCCAUGCGUGCUACUCUGCGCGAGAACACACCGCGCUACAGUCCCUUCGAGCUGCCACCGCCUCCUCGCUUACGUCGUCACCGACGGUGUCCAGCUCCCUGCCUUUGGACAUUAUACUGGAAACACUCAUAUCCACUCUCAUCAUCCUCGUCGGACUGGUCUUGGGAACCCGCCCUCUGCGCCCAAUCGAGUGGCGCGUCUGGGCAGGCAAGAUUGAGCGGGAGGGCGAGGCGGGGUUUACAGACGGCUCUGGAGUGGUAGACAGGGACUACAUGGGAAACCCUUUCAGCGUGUUUGAGUCGCGGCCAAACUUUGUGGACAUCCGGAAGCAGCGGAAGGAAUUCGCCGAGUGGGUGCAAAAGGGCGGUGCGGAGGCAACACGGUACUACGCUGGCGGUACGCAGUAAUAGGACUCGAUAUCGCUUGCUAUCCAAGAGAAAACGACGUUACUUCAGCUUGGUACAGACUAGUAGGAGAUCAUCAUUCUGAGCAUGAGUCCUCCCAGGAGAUCCCCGUCCGCACUGACAUUGGCAUCACACGUCGCUCCUUCCCGACAUGGAUCCCGAAGCGUGUGGAUCAGGUUCCCGUGGCAAUCGCUACCCAGCCGCCCCUACCCUGAUAGGUCGAUGGCUCAUGCUUCAAUUGAGCGGCUGCCUGAAUUCUAGGUUGAGCUGUCGCCGGAC